CAGGUAAAAAGCGCCUGAAAAGCACAGCCACUCAACUGAAUAGCUAUUCCCCAUGUAUUUAAAAUACUGUUGCGUGCAUUUGAAGCGGCUCAUAUACAAAUGGGCCAUUUCUUUGUCAAGAGGAAAAGCAUCACCGUUGACUUGGCAUGUUGUAUCAGUUACAGGCGAGACCGAUAUUCUCUGGUGCUGAAUAUCACCGCAAGGGUGCAUACACUAGAGCUGCCCCCCUCAUUUGCUUCGGACUCUCCGCAAAUGAUUUGUGAAGCUGUGAUAUUAUCGCUGCGGGGUCCUGCAGCAUCAAGCCAUCCUAGACUCCAGAUUUUCCUCCUCUUUUUCCGUCGGAAUGCUCGGGGCCCCGCACUAGUGGGGCCGAAUGCAGGGUAUCUACUAUCUCAGAAACUCUGUACGAAUACGAAAUCCUGUGUACGAAUACGAAUUCCUGUGAUCGGCUACAAUAAGACCGACCUGUAUUUCUUGCACACGGCAGUGGAAAAUGGUGAGACCUGUCACGCUUCUGGAUUACUCAGCUCUUUGCAAAGGAUUUCACUAUCACACUGCAGUUCAAUCCCCUCUUGAGCCCCAUGCAUUGCCGAGCAAGUCAUCAUCCAAAGAUCUUCCUAAUGACUCCUCAAUUCCGGCUCAGCAUUGCACCGAGCCAGUUUUCCCCUCAUCAGAUGCAGCAGAGCACA